AUGGUCAUACCUGGCAACCCCGCGGUGCAGCCGCAAUGGUUCUCCUAUUUCCUGACAGACAUUUUUCGUGUUGCAGAGUUUCUUGAUCUGCCGUUUGCCUGGCCGAAUCCGGAUCCUGUUGUGCAGUAUGUGGAUGAGCAGGGACAGCGCAGGACGGGCGAGGAGCAGCCGUACAUCUACCGGUUGACACGACUGGGAGUGCUGGCAGCAGAACAGGGUAAAGGUAUUGAGUUCGCCGACGAAAUCUCACGCCUCAUCUGGGGUGGCACGACCAACUGGCAUGAAGGCGUUCAUCUUGCAGAAGCCAGCGAUCGAGCGGGGCUAUCUCUGCAGGAGUUGGAUCAGCAGGCCAUAGACGACGAAAGCCGCUUGGAAACGGUCAUCGCACAUAACCAGGCCGACCAUGACAAAGCAGGCCACUGGGGGGUACCGACCUGCGCAUUCGAAGGCUGCGUUAACGCAAUGAAAAAACUGGCCAUUCUGCUGAUUACAGUGGCGGCAGCCGCUCUGGCGAUCGCAUUUUACAUUGGGUGGGAACGUUCCGAGAGAGCAGACCUCGUUAGUGCGCGCGGGUUACUGGAAGUCGACAAUGGCGACGCACAAUUCUGGUUGAUGCAGGGCGGAGCCAACAAUCGUUACCUACCUUGCACGGUACACUACUAUUUUGAUCAACCAUUAGACGAAUCGCUUGUACUGAAUCGCCUUAAAGAUCUGGUCGCACCUUAUCAGAUGUUCAAGCGCAACGUCGUUGAAGUGGACGGUUUGCCUUACUGGCAGCCUGCCAAGCCAGACUGGCGCCAGAACUUUCGCCGGCUCUCUGCAGAAGAAAACAUGACCUCGGUCAGAGUUACAGCUGACAGGGCGCUUUCCCAGGCGCAGGAGGUGGGUGCUGGCAUCCCUUUGUUCAGAGCCUUUCUGUCUAACGAUGGUCGUCAGCUGACGUUCAUGUGGCACCACGUCAUUUCCGACUUUGAAGGCAUGUUCAACAAACACGCACGGCACCUGUUUCAGGUUGAUAUCGAGCGAACCAGAUUUGGCUAUCAGAUUGAAAACCCAGGACGCGCGGAGCAGGCAGAUGACGCCACCUCCCCUCUCCUGCGUCUCAACAGGACUUUUGCGGAGCGACCCCUCGGCUUCGAAGAGACCGGAUUUGACGUCAGGAAGUUUGUCCUGCCGAUCGAAGAUAAGGCACUGCACGAUCGAGGACGUACCAUGGGCCUGCCAAUGAGCGAUAUUUUUUCGUUCAUCACCAUGCGGACCGUGACCCUCUACCAUGAAUCCAAGCAAGACGGAAUGCAGAGCAGCCUCCGUCCUGUCGUCAGCCCACUCAGUCUGCGCAAGAGUUCCCUGGCAACCGAUGAGGGCAACAACCGGGUGACAAAGCCGUUCCCCCUGGUGUUCCCGCUGGAGAGCGUCGAGGUUAUGUACCAGCGAAUCCUCUCGCUGGCGCCAGCUUCAGGCUCCUAUGACAGGGCGGGCAGAAUGCUGAAAGUGGCACGGCAGUUUUCCUUUCUGGAAGCACCCAUGCGCAGGCUGGGAUCUCCUGACUACAUCUCUAACUAUUUCCCUCUUGCAGACAUGCCGUUUCGCAUGGAAGACGCUGUCGUCACCAGUCACGAACUGAGAGUGCCGAUGGUGCCGUAUGAACGCACCAAGUUCGCCUGGUCUAACUAUAACGGAGAGGUACAACUGUUUCUUCACACCGACCCCAAGCUCGUUGAUGCUGAUCUGAUGGCUGCCUCCUAUGCACAUGCGGAAGAAGAGGCGUUUCACGAGACGCUGACUUAUGAAGAAGUGCUGGCCACUCAAGCCAUCAUGCAAGGCUAUAUCACUCCCGCAACGGGAUCGAAUGUGGUCCCCCAGGUGGAAGCCGCAGAUGGAACAUGGCUGCAGGAUUCGAGCGAAAUCAUCGACAUACUGGAAGCACGACAUCCGCAGGCGCCGGUGGUUCCUGAAGGCGCUCAGCAACGCCUUGUCUCCUAUCUGUUAGAGCUUCUGGCAGAUGAGUGGAUGCUGCCCUGGGCGUUCUGGGAGCGGUGGCACUAUUCCCUGGCAUCCGUUCAGCCGAACCACGAACCCUGGAAUGCACAGCAGUGGGGACGGAUCUUCGCGCCCGAUCAAUCCGGAUUAGAAAGGCGCAAGGCGGCCCGCUUCGUUUUCCGUGAAAUCAUGAAAAUUGAUGAUCCGCAAAAUGCGGAAUCAGGCCCUUUUGCAGGUUUACCUCAGCUGGGUGUUACAGAAAAAACGGUACCAGCCUGGACAAGCAGUAUGCACCACAUGCUGUCGAUUCUGGAAACGCACUUCAACCAGCAUGACUAUGUGCUGGGCGGACGUCCGACACUUGCAGACUUUGCACUCCUGGGUCCCCUCUAUCCACACCUCUAUAACGAUCCGGUGCCCGGUUUCAUGAUGCGUACGCAGUACCCUCUGGUGUGCGAAUGGAUUGCUCGCGCCAACGGAUCUACUGAGGCUGGCGCGAGGAGUUACAGGCAAUCUGGCUACCACCUCGAGCAGGGAUCACUGGUGCGCAUUUGUGGCGCCAGCGACGGAGGUGACAUGCUUCCCGAUGAUACGGUGCCGGAAACACUGCUCCCGCUGAUUGGUGUCUUUUUCGACGAAAUGUGGCCGGUACUGAAAAGCAGCAUUGACGUGCUGACCAACUACAUCGCCAGCGGCAAACAUCCUGCCGAUAACCCUUUGCCCUCCAAGAGCUUUUAUUCGCCGGCCGAGUUCAGGGCGCUACAGUCCAAUGGUGGUGCACUUACCCAUGAAUUUAAGCUCGGUGGUGUAAGCGAAACCCGCAUGGUCUCACCCUAUCAGGUAUGGAUGCUGGGUCGCAUGAGUGAUGCGAUGGCUGAGCAUUUCAAUGAUCCGCAUCAAAGUGCACGGCUUGAGGAUUUGCUUGCUGCUUUCCGGGUUGGGCAGCAGAUGCCCGAUGUUCAGUGCGCUACGGCAGAUGAUACCCACUUUGAUCUGCAUGCAGAUCGAGCAGGCAGGCAGAUGAAAGAUUUUGAUGCGGCGAAUAUUGCCGUAUACGCGCUCAGUUAUGACGAGGCAGAUGCACUGCGAGAUUUUCGUGAUGCCCACGAUGUCACGUAUACGCUGCUUUCCGAUCCGGAGUCUGAUGUCAUCAGAUCAUUCGGUAUUCUGAACACGCUGAUCAAUGAGAAUGACCACCCCUGGUACGGCAUUCCUUAUCCCGGCACCUAUGUCGUCAAUGCCGACGGCAGAAUUAUACAAAAGUUUUUUGAGAACAACCUGGCUGUCAGAGCCGGUCCGGAACAGUUGCUGCGCGCGGCACUCGGCCAGUCACCGGAGGCCACGAAUGACGGCGUCCCCGAGACAGUCGAAGAGGUUGAGGUCAGCGUUCACCUUGACGGGGCCAGCCUGACGCCCACUGUACAGAAAGACCUGGUGGCACAAUUUCGGGUCCCAGCCGGGCAGCACGUUUACGCGAACCCCGCGCCGGUCGGUUCGAUUGCGGUUGAUUUAAUCCUGGACGACCACGAGGGCCUGGUACACAGAGCCAUCAUUCGUCCACCGGCAGAACCGCACAGCCUCGCCGGCACAGAUGAGACCUUUGAUGUUUAUCACGAUGUUUUUCAGCUGAGAUUACCCCUGACAGUCAACAAUGCCAGCCAGCCUGAAAUUACAAUCGCCGGGGAACUGAUCUGGCAGUCCUGCGACGAUCAGGUCUGCGGCAUUCCCGUUCGCAAGCGGUUUGCGAUCACGCUGCCAGUGACGGCGUCUCCACCAGUUGCACUGGGCAGCAGGAAAGGCGCCGCCCUGGAACCCAAUGCCAUGGCCCAUUUUGCAAAAAUGACAGAACGACGCAGGAUGAUCCUCUCGGUGUUGUUCGAACCCAUCCGUCUGGAGUUCGGCGCAACCGAUACGCAGAUGGGCCUGCUGGGCGGCCUGUCGUUUGCUCUAUUCUACGCAACCCUCGGCCUGCCGAUCGCGCGGCUUGCAGACCGCUACAACCGUCGGCUCAUCAUCGUCACCUCCCUCGGCCUGUUCUCGGCGAUGACUGCCAUGAGCGGACUUGCUCUGAGUUUCCUGAUGCUGUUUCUGUUUCGCAUCGGCGUCGGUAUUGGUGAGGCAGGUGUCAACCCGGCGAGCCAGUCAAUCAUCGCCGACCUGUACCCGAAAGAACGGCGGGCGACCGCCAUGUCGAUCCUGGCAGUUGGCGCACCGGUUGGCAUGAUUGGCGGCUUUCUCAUCGGUGGACUGGUCAGUCAGAUGUUUGGCUGGCGGGCCGCCAUGUUUGCGGUGGGUGUUCCGGGUGUGGUGCUUGCCAUCCUCAUGUUCUACUUUCUCCGGGAACCUGUGCGCGGGGCAACAGACAUAUCGCCGCACACACAAGAGGCAGAUGCGCCCUCCGGGAUCUUACCGGCCGCCGGGUACAUGUUCCGUUCGCCGGCGCUGCGCCAGCUGCUUAUUGCAUCCACGCUCACCGGCAUGGCGUCUUAUGGCGCGUCCACCUGGUUGCCCACAUUCUUCGUCCGCGUGCACGAUCUUUCCCAGGGCCAGGUGGGCCUGUUGAUGGCGUUUCUUUUUGGCGGGCUGGGCGCAGUGGGUACUUUUGUGGGUGGUAGGCUGUUCGACAGACUGUCUGCACCCGGGUUUGAUCGCGGCCUUAAGAUGAUUGCCGUUGUGCAGGUGGCAACGGUGCCUUUCUCCGUCGCCGCCUACCUGGCAGGUUCUUUCACAGGCGCGAUUUUCCUUUUCAUGCUGCCUGCAUUUGCGGCUAACUUUUUCCUGGGUCCUACGCUUGCUCUGAUCCAGACGUUGUCACCCGUGCCCAUGCGCGCCGUGGCUGCGGCCAUCAAGAUGUUCUGCCUCAAUCUGGUUGGCAUGAGUCUUGGCCCCUUUCUGGUCGGGGCAACCAGCGACUGGCUUGCACCUGUAUAUGAUGAGCGAUCCCUUGCCAUAGCACUGGCCGUACUGACCUGUAUAUUGACCGAUUUACCUGACUACGAACGUGAGCACCUGCUCUCAAAAAACCAGCCACCACUGGGGCCACCCGCCUGGACACCGCUGAGCAAGCCAAUAUCUGAGCUGCGCAUUGCGCUGAUCACCACCGCAGGGCUGCAUUUUCGAGACGACCCGAACUUCGAAUUUGCCGAUGCCACCUUCAGGCCGAUUUCAGACGAUGAAGACGCAAACAAUCUCGUUAUGUCGCACAGCUCUGUCAACUUUGACAAAACCGGCUUUGCCGAAGACGUCAAUCUCGUCUUCCCGAUAGACCGUUUCCGGGAGCUGGAAGCACAGCAGAAGAUCGGAUCUCUAGCGACAGUGCACUACAGUUUUAUGGGUGCUGGCCUGGACCCACAAGCAUAUGAGAAAAGUGCCUCGCAGGUGGCCGGCCUUCUGAAACAGGAUAACGUCGAUGCGGUAUUCCUGACCCCGGUCUGCAUCAUGACCACCGGCAUCAGUCUGGUGCGUGAGAAUACCGAGAGCAUGCAGCCACCCCGAGCGCUGUGGGUGAGUUUUCCGCUUGGCCGCCCGCUGGGCAAGCCGGGUGAUGCUGCGUUUCAACAUCGCGUUAUCGACGCCGCCCUCAACCUGUUAAAUGAGGAACACGCCCCGGUGCUGGUUGAUUACCCGGAAGAUGCGCCCAGCGUUGCAAUCGAUGCUGCACCCGCCUGCCCGGUGUCAUUCGCAAAACCGGCUGCGGACACAGAUACCUGGGAAGCUGCACUGUUGAACGAACUGCAGACCCUCACCCCAUGGCAUGAUCUGGGUAGACGUCGCCGCAACGGUCGCACGCUGGUUGGUGCCUCCGAAUUUUCAAUGACCGAUAAUCUGCAGAAAUUAGGGCAAUUACUCGACAAUAACACGCUGCCGACCACAGAACUAAAGUGGUUCAAAGCAGCCAUUGAAGACGCCAAGGUGUUCUACAUAGAAGCACUCACUGCACAACCUGGCGACUAUGACCACAAACAGAUAGAGCAGAUCUACUGGCACGAGACCCGCUUGGGUGCCGCGACGAUCGAGUUUGCAGAACGGUUUCUUCAACAUCCUGAACUGGCCGCCUUUGCCAGAAUCAUCACGCCACGAAACGAUUUUGUUGCCGACAUUUCCGACAUCGAUUUAACGUCAAUGACGGAUGAGGACUUUGAAGCAAUCUACCAGGCCUGGCUCACCUAUGGCGUGCUGCGCAUCCGUGGGCAGCAGCUCGACGAGGACGAACUGCAGGCAUUCAGCGCUCGAUUCGGUCCGCUGGAAGAGAUUCCCAUGGGUCGCCUGCCCGAAUCUGAGCGUGCCAAAGUUAAAAACCGUUACGUCACCCAGUUAUCAAACAUCAUCGAAAACGGCAAACCCAUAGGUGGGCUUGGUAAUGCGGAGGCCAACUGGCAUUCCGAUAUGACCUACGUCGAGAAUCCUCCGCCCGCCAGCGUGCUGCUGGGUGUCGAAAUACCUGACGAGGGUGGUGAUACCUAUUUUGCUGACCAGAACGCAGCCCUCACCGCAAUGCCGCAGGCACUCAUCGAACGCCUGGCAAGCCUGUCCAUCAAACAUGACGCAGCGCAUACAAGUAUUGGCAAACUACGGCCCGGGUUCGAGCCCUUCGAUGACCCUCGUGAUGCUCCGGGGGCAAGUCAUCCCGCCAUCAUCACCCACCCGGAAACCGGGGAACAGACAUUGUAUCUGGGGCGCCGCGAGUGGGCUUACAUCGACAGCCUGCCACUUGAAGACAGUGAAGCGCUAUUGGAUGAAAUCUGGUCAUAUGCUGCGCGUCCGGAACAUGUGUGGCGACAGCAAUGGCAGCCGUAUGAUCUGAUCAUCUGGGACAACCGCCGCGUGCUGCAUCGGCGCGACGAUUUUGACCCGAAUUCACGUAGAUUGAUGAAGCGCUGUCAGGCAUUCAGACGCCAACCCGAAUGGCGUGCGAUGAACCCCGUAGGCAAAGUGCCGGUUCUGGAAGAUGGUGACCUGCGUAUGUUCGAAUCCGGCGCCAUGGUGGAAUACAUUCUGGCCCGCUACGGCGAGUGCCGAUUACAGCCGGAACCAUCCAGCGAGACUUUCGCACACUACCUGCAAUGGACUUGGUUUGGUGAGGCUACACUGUCACGUCCCCUUGGAGAGAUAGUUAACCAUCGCAGAGAAUUUCCCGGCGACCUGGAGAUCCCCGAGGUGGUUGCGGAAAUGGGCAACCGGGCCGGUGAGUGUCUGCUAGCGAUUGGGGACGCUGUCGAGAACAAACAGUUUAUUUGUGGUGAUGAAUUCACUGCUGCAGACAUCAUGCUGGGAUACGGCUUACAUCUGGCAGAGAUGUUAGGAAUCAACUACUUCAUGCAGGGCGCGCGCAUCACCAUGCGUAAAGACGUGCGCCCCUUUGUUUUCCUGCCUGCCGCCGUAAGCUUAGGUGUAAUCGUUGGCGGGCUGACCCUGGGCUUCAGCUACAUCAGCGAUUUAUCUGACUAUCUGAUUGCCAGCCUGCCCAACUGGUUAAGUUUUCUGCAGUGGAUAUUAGAACCACUGCUCUAUCUGCUGGGUGUACUGGUGGGCGCAUGGUCCUUUGGCUUUCUUGCCGCCAUCAUCGGUUCUCCGUUUCUCGGCGAUCUCGCCCUGAAGGUAGACAACAUGCCGGACCCGCAGAUUGCCUGGUACAAACAGAUUGCGCCAGCGCUGGGCCGGGAGUUGAGAAAACUCCGCUAUCACAUUCCACGUCUCUUACUGCUGUUGCUGCUCAGCGUUAUCCCGGUUGUUAACGCUCUGACGCCUUUUUUAUGGGUGGCUUUUGGUGCCUGGCUGAUGGCAGUGCAGUUCUGCGACUACACUAACGAGAACCGGCAAAAACCUUUUGAAGAUACCCUGACCACUUUGCAGGGCAACAAAAGCAAAGCGCUGGGCUUUGGCGCCUGCGUGACUGUGGCCAUGGCUGUGCCGCUGGCUAAUUUUCUGGUAGCACCCAUCGCCGUUGCUGGUGGCACUCUGUUGAUGAAAUCCAUACGGGAGAACCCAAAUGCUUAA